AUGCCUCCCGUUGCCACUGAGAGCGUUGCUGCCGAUGCAGCUACCAAGGCGGGAGCCCCCGCCUAUGUCAGUACCAUGCCUGCCAAUGAUUUCAACUGGCAAAUCACACUAGGUCAAAAAGUCGUCGCCAUCACAGGAGCCAACCGCGGUAUCGGUCUGGGUAUCGCAGAAGUCUGUCUAUCCAACUCGGCCAAGAAUGUCUACUCGCUGGAUAUGCUGGAGCCUGGGGAGGACUUCGCCGCCCUGCAAAAGCGCUUCCCCAACUUCAAGUACAUUCAAACAGAUGUUACCUCUGAAGAGAGUAUUGAGAAGGCAAUCAAUCAGAUCGUUGAGGAGACUGGCCGUAUCGAUGGAAUGGUGGCCAAUGCUGGCAUGACAAAACAUCAGCCCGCUCUGAAGUUUGAGCGUGCUGAACUGGAGAAGCUGUUUCACCUUAAUGUUUUUGGUGCCUACUUCUGUGCCCAGAUCGCUGCUCGGAAGUUCAUCGAGCUCGGAAUCAAGGGCUCAAUCGUGAUGACUUCCAGUAUGACAUCCUACCGUCCUAAUCGCGCUGCUCCCUCCGCUCCCUAUGGAGCCACCAAGGCUGCUGUUCGCAAUAUGUGCCACACCCUCGCUAUGGAAUGGAGCAAGCACGGCAUCCGUGUAAACAGCAUCUCCCCCGGUUUCGUCCGCACCGCCAUGACAUACUAUGUUGAGACCGCGCCUGAUUGGGACUUGAAAAUGCAAUACUAUGGUGGAAUGCCUCGUCUUGCGGAUCCUCGUGAGCUUGGUGGUGCCUAUGUGUACCUUCUGAGUGAUGCUAGUUCAUACACGAGUGGAAUUGACAUUCCGAUCGCGGGUAUUGUUGGUGCGUGGUAA